AUGAAGCCCGCGCCAUAUUCGAUAACUUCAGCUGCAGCAGUCCCUAUCACCUUGUAUCUCUGCAUUGUACUAAUUCCUGCAUCAGUUUUUGGACGUACGUUUUUCGGUUUCCCUACAAUGCCAGCGAAAGGAGGAGGCAGUGCAGGUCAGGCUUGUGCAGCAUGCAAACACCAGAGAAAGAAGUGCGCCCAAGACUGCCCUCUCGCUCCACAUUUCCCCGCUAGUAAGCCCCAAACGUUUCGGAACGCACAUCGUUUGUACGGCGUGAGUAAUAUUAAGACAAUUCUUAAACAAAUUCAUGACCCUCAGCAGAAAACAGACGCAGUGCAGUCUAUUGUAUACGAGUCCGAUAUGCGCGCAAAGUUUCCUGUUACCGGCUGUUUGGGAAUCAUAAACCAAUUAAAUUUCCAGUUGCAAGAAGCAAUGAAAGAGCUUUAUCAUGUUAGAACACAUCUCGCAGUUUGCAAGGAUCAGUUGUUGCAGGAUCAUACAAACCGGCGGAUUGAAGACAAUCUGCAUUUUCAGGAUGAUGAUCCGGACUAUCGUAAUUUGGUGAAUCCAGCAGCUCUUAGGCCGGUUCAAGUUCAACAGCCCUAUAAUUUUGUUCCACCAGCCCAAGCUUUUUCUAAUCGUGCUGAACAAGAAACGGAUGCUCCGGCAGCUCCGAAUUAUCAAUGUUAUCAUUAUCUGGAUUCCAAUGACAGAUAUUAA